AUGGAAAAAGGAUUUCUUGAUAGAGUGGAGGAUAAUGCGGCCGUCCGAAAUGACCUGCAAGAAUUAAGGGAUAUAUGGAAUAGUUGGAAUAGCGAGGUCAAGAAACUUUUUUACUGUAACUACGGUGGCCUACCCUAUUUCCUCGAUGUAAAGGUGGACAAGUACUUGUUCCGGGCCCUCUCGCAGCUUUGGAACCCUGCUUACAGUUGCUUCACUUUCGGAAGAGUCGAUUUAGCACCUACUGUGGAGGAAUACAUGGCGUUACUUAAUUGCCCGAAGAUUCAGGCCUAUUCAAGACAUGUCAACGUCCCUUCCUUUUUGACGAAAUUGAUGAAUAUCACGGGGAUGAGCGAGCAAUGGGUUGCAGCCCGCAUCAAGCAAAAAGAGGAUAGUAAAUGUAUUCCUUGGAGGAAUUUGAGGGACUUGAUCCUUGCACACCUGGAUUCGAAGAACAGGGUUGACGUUUUUGCCUUAAGCCUCUAUGGUUUGAUCAUUUUUCCUAAGGCGCUAGGACACAUAGAUGAAGCCGUCUCAGAUUUAUUCGAUCGACUUGAUAAAUAUACCACACCCGUCCCGGCAAUCCUAGCAGAAACUUUCAGAUCCUUGAAUGCAUGUCGGAGAGCGGGCGAAGGAAGAUUUAUUGAUUGUGCACAGCUUCUAUUAGCUUGGUUUAAUAGCCAUUUUUGGAAGGUGGAGAAGGUCUCCUAUUGGGUUUUCUCUAAGGACUAUUCCCCAUUAAGGGAAUUAGUGGCCAUAUCGAGUGAUUUUGACUGGGUCCCUCUAGCUAGAAUAUGGAGAGUCGUUGGAUACGCUCCACUGAUGGUCUUAAGGCAGUAUCGAUCAAGGCAGUUUAUACCGGUGACACAAGGGUUGGCACAAUAUGAGUUCCCCUAUAAAGACAACAACUAUAAGAGGAAGGUUCGUGAGAUAUCAGAUGCUUGGAACCAAACUCAAAGAAUGAAAGGAUUCACCACGGGUCCGAUGACGACCCCCGAGUAUGAAUGGUGGUAG